AUGUCUGCUUUUGUGAUUAGCUUAGUGAUUUUCUCAGCCUUGGCUGCCUCUUCAGAUGCAACCUUUUGCUUGUGCAACUCAGGGCUGGGCGACAUCGUGCUGCAGAAAACCAUCGAUUACGCUUGCAGAAACGGAGCUGAUUGCUCAGAAAUCAGCCAAAGUGGGAACUGUUACAAUCCAAACACCCUCCAAGAUCACUGCAAUUACGUUGUUAAUAGUUUAUAUCAUAAGAAAUCUCACCUUGGUACAACUUGUAAUUUCCAAGGAGCUGCUCUCUCUCAAAAUAUCACCAAUGCUAUGCUCGGUGCAUGUGUCUACCAGUCUACUCCCAGAAGCUUUGUUGGAAUACAUACAAGGUUUUUUAGUAGUAUUUCUUUAGGGAAACAAAAUUCUACUACUCGCUAA